AUGCGUGUCUCCCGAAUCGCUUUCUCCCUCUUCGCCGCAACGGCGUCCGCCCUGCCCGCAACCGCCAGGCAGGACACCGCCACCACCUCUCCGCCGCCCUUCGCAGUCCACCUCGUCUCCGGGCCCCUAACCCCAGCGGCCCCGACGACCUUCGAGCUCGCCUCGGCCCACACGGCCCUCAACAAGCUCAAGGACCGGCUCGGCGCCCGCGCCAUCCGCGCCCUGCUCAGGCCGGACAUCGACGCCGCCGACCGCGCCUGGCACGCCAUCCUCGCCCGCGCCUCCUCCUCCUCGGGGGGAGGAAACAACAACAACAACGAGACCGGCGCGCCCGCCGCCCCGAUCCUGUCCGAGGCCCGCGUGCGGGCCUACAACACGGCCUACGACGCGGGCGCCUUCGUCGCCUGGUUCGCCGCCGACACGGGCGACCCGCACAAGAUGAGCGGCGCGCACCCGGAGCACUACGUCGAGAGCAUGGCCGGCCAGGCCGUGGACAUCGUCGAGGCGUGGGGCCCGCUCGUGACGCGGUACCGGAUCCCGGCGUACGUCGGGGGCGGGCCCAAGAGGGCCUUCAUGCGGGCGCUGCCGGGCUUCCCGCACCAGGCGACGGGGCAGGCGGUGCUGCAGGACGGGAGCCUCGCCGUCGUGGGCGACAUCCACAACUCGUUCCGCGACCUGCGCCCGGGGGAGGAGGUCGAGGCCGGGACGAGGGGCGUCGAGGCCGUGCUGGCCGUCUGGCUGCCGGCUGGGACGCCGGCGGACGUCGUGGAGGGGCUGAGGGAGCACCAGGCUGUCGAGUUUUCCAACUGGUUCGCCUUUGCGCAGAGGGAUGUCAUUGAGGGCAGGUUUGCUGCGUGA